AUGCCCAACAAGCUGGGCAACCUCGCAGCGAGCGACACUGGCAAGGGAGCUUAUCGCGUCACGGUCCCCUACGCUCAAGCUCCGGUCGGUCAGCUUCGCUUCGCCAAUCCUCAACCCAUCACCUCUCUCUCCAAGGGCUUUGACCCCACCAAGACUCCCCCUUCUUGCUACCAAGGCGACGGCGACCCGCGUGGCGGCAACGAGGCUAGUGAGGACUGUCUGUACCUCACCGUCUACUUCCCCAAGUCGAUGCGCGCGUCUUCCAAAUUGCCUGUCUUCAUGUGGCUUCCCGGAGGCUCAUUCGUCGGCGGUUCGGCCAGCAACGCCGGCCUGGACGGCUCUACCCUCGCCUCCGAACAGAACAUGAUCGUCAUCGUCGCACAGUAUCGCCUUGGCCUCUUCGGCUGGCUCCAAACCGCCGACAUCGUAGAUGAAAAGGCAGGCGGUGCCCCAGGAGCUGCAAAGGUGGCAGGCAACCAAGCCGCCCGCGACAUCAAUGCCGCUCUCCAAUUCGUCCACGACUACUUUGGACCCUUUGGCGCAGACACGUCCCGCGUCACCCUCUCCGGCCAAUCCUCGGGGGCACACAUGGUCCGCUCCCUUCUCACCAUUCCCUCUGCGGCCCCGCUCUUCCAGCAAGCCCUCCUCGUCAGCGACACCGAGAACUACGGUGCGGCAACCCAGCUCACCCAGAACAAGCUGGGCACUUACGCAAUGGCCCAGCUCAAGUGCACCGACCUAGCCUGCGCUCGAAACGCCAGCGCCGAUGAUGUACUCGACGCAAGCUAUGCAGCCUUUUCCGACGUUCCGCUCUCUGAUCCGAGCAUCCCAGCGGGCGAGCCGUGGAGACCGACUCAGGGAGCCUACAUGACCACGACGAUCGAGAAGGACCCGGCCACAGCGCUACAAGGUGGCAAGAAGAUCGUCCUCACUACCAUCACCAACGAGUCGGGAGCUUCGGUUGCGAACCUUUUCGCGCACACGGAACCAAAUGCUCAGACGCUCCGUUUCAACUAUGCAGACCACGCAAACUUCACCUUACCCCUCGCACUCGACCUCUACUUCAUUGCUGCGCGAGGGGACCUCCUGCUCCAACAACCCGCCUACGCCCUGAACACGACGCUCGUCGCGCAAGAGGACGGUUUGCGCACUACCCUCGAGCAAGACGUGACGGACGGCCUCUGGCGCUGCUCCACGCAGUUUCAGGCCCGCUCCCUCUCCUCGGCAGCUGGAGGAGCGGGCAAUGUAUGGCUUGCUCAGCAUCAGCGCGGUUAUACGUACCCGUCGAACGCGGAUUUCGACUACUGCCAGGCGAAGGAUGUGCACUGUCACGAAGACGACAUCUAUUUGAUCUUCGGUACCACGCCGGGCAACGCGGAUGCGGCUACGAAGGCGACGAGCAAGGAGUUGAGGGCGAGAUAUGGGGCCUUUGUGAGGGGUGGGAACCCAAAUAGCGGCAACUACGUCAAGUGGGGGCCCGUCGCGGGGGAUGAUAAUCUGAAUGUGUUGUACGCGGGGAGCGGGGCCGAUGGGUCUUCCAGCGUGUCGCCCACACAGAGAAAGGAUCAUUGCCAGGGGGUGUGGGGGAAGACGGUCAAGUUUGACUGGCAGAUAUAUUCGUGA